AUGACGGAACCUAAGAACUUUCAUCUCCCAACUGACCAUGAGCCCACCAUUCACUUAAACACGGACGGGAAUUACGUGAAGAAAGUACGUCAAGAAGAUUCAAGAAGCUAUAAUAGGUCAGAAACAGAAGCGGCAAGGAAGCCAAGAAAAAAACGAAAAACGUACAGCUGUGAGGUGUGUCGAAAAUUCAAGACGCGUUGCGACUUCGAGCCCCUGGUCGGUAGAUGUCACCGCUGCAGCGUACUGAAGAUUCAAUGCUCGCUCACAAAAGAGCGCGAGGAAGAGAUAUUAGCUGCAAUAGAGACGUCUUCCAGCGUUGCACUUCCAACGUCAGGUGUAAGCAGCAGUGAAGUGUCAUCCAAAGACUCCUUGGUCUCCCACCCAGUGGCUACAACCCUCAACAAUCGUCUCAACAAAUUAGAAUCUAACUUGAACCGGCUGAACAGUAAGCUUGAUCUGCUCGUGCUACUUGCCCAGGGCUCGAACUCUGCCGCAGCCAACAGCGUCAGCAACUUAGCUGGUGACAGAAAGGCUGGCUCUGCUGUUGGCAUCGCUGAUCUCAGCACUAAUCGUGGUGAUUUACUCGGUAGCAAGCCUUUGCAUAAUAGGCUAGAUGACUCAGACGACCAGCUGACAGACGAAGCAGUUUCAGCUUUCAAAGAUUUUUCACCACCUCCACCGAGACCCCCUCAGCGACUUGACCUGAACGGCCUAAAGCUUCAAGAACCUCCGCUAAAGCUCAUAAGCGAUAUUGACGAGCGUUUGUUUCCUACUAAGGUUGAAUCAGAGAGGGAUAGGAUAGCGAAGACGCAACGGCCGUUCGUUGUAGCUCGAGUGAAUUUUCUGAAGUUCUUUGAUCAACACGAACAACUCUGUCUAGACCUAUCAAGAGACUUCUUAGUUAAGUCCCACUUCUGGAUUAUACCAGGUGGAAUAAAAGAGAUUGAUCGAUCAUAUGUGGAAAAGCAUCUGUUUAUAAGCAGCGUGUUUGCCAUCAUUGCGAUGGGAUUCGAUGAGAACAACAAAUAUGAAGAAGAACAAGAGAUUAUGUAUCCGUUAGUUGAACGCUUACUUACCAAUACGCUGACGAUGUUCGAAAAGCUGACAGAUCAUGACAUAGAGGCAAUACUUUAUUGCAGUAUGUUUAAUGUGUCAAGGAAAUCCAAAAGGCACAGGCAGAUGAAACUAAACUCUUUAGUGCUGACAAACUUUGCAAUCAGCAGCCUCCUCAACAUCAUAGAUUUUCAUAAAAUUAAGGAAAGGGUCCUUUCAGAUAAAUACGAUUCUCUUGACUUGUAUCAUCUGAGGAUCCUAAACUCCUUAACGGCGUGUCGCUUGCAAUAUUCAAUAGGGUACGGAAACUUCAUGAUGUCAGACGAUUUAUUGAAGGAUUUCAAUAAUUUGACGGCAAGAUUUCCACAGGCCACUUUUGGGGACGAUAUCAAGAUCAGCGAGAUAAAUCUGAGCGAAAUCGUGAAUAACAUUUUCUUGAAUUUCAAAACCUAUUUCAAGGAGUUUACGAUCAGUUUCAAGAAUUGUCUUCACAACAAUCAAUUUGCAUUGGGCAGCCAAGAAAAUUUGAACAACGGUGUGGGAAGCUCUAAUGAUACCUUGGCGUUCCCAGAGUUGGAAUAUUGGCUCAAAAACUGGGACGAACUUCUAUCCAAAGAUGGCGGUGGCGUCUUAUUAUUCGCGUUCAACUACUACUACAUCAUGAUCUGCCGGUCUUUCCUGACCGAGUUUUACGAAGAAUACCAUAGUGACUUGCAUUACUUCAAAUGUAUUUUGAAGACCAUGAAAAACUACUGCUUUCAAUUGUUGGACGGAUUUCUUAAGCUGCCAUCUUCUCUGAUAAAGGGAGCGCCAGUAAUAACUGUUCAUCAAUUAGUUUAUGCGUGCCUUACCUUGUGCGACUUUUUGCACUUCUUUGAUGCUUCAGAAAGGCAACAAAUACUUAAUCUGUGCACAAAAAUAUAUUGGCAUUUGCAUACAAUAGGCGAAAAGCUCAAUGAAGCAACCGAAAAUGUGGGAAAAAUCAUAAAUUCUCUUAUUGACACCGGCAAGAAGAAAGUCCAUGUCGGCAGUGAUCCAUUUUCAUUGACCGAGAAACCAAAGCAUGCUCGGAAAGCUCAUUCCAUCUUGAAAAAGCAUACAGUAUCCGAUAGCCAAAAUUCUCCCCACAGCGUUGAGUCUUCAAGCUCCCAUAACAGCGGCAUAGAGAGUGCCACUGGCGCGGGUUUUAACAUGCCUGACGUAGGUCAAUUCAAUUCUUUUGAAGACUUCUUUCAAGACUUUUUCGAGAAUCUUAAGCCCACAACCCAAAACAUAUUCUCAUCCAUGAACCAAACACCCAAAUAG